AUGACGCGCGACGAGGAGGAUGCACAGACGCAAGCUCUGUUGCAGCUUCGCGAGCUUCAGCGUCAGAGUGAAGUGCGCUUUACAUUACGUGUAGCAAAUUCUGCAGCUGCUGUAGCGUCUGUACGCUCGCAGCUAGCUACGUUAAAGCUCAAAUCCGACAUCAAACGCUCUUCUGCUUUUGUUAAGAAGUUGCGUCAACUCACUGAAUCCAAUGCCGAUUCGCUACUUCGUGAUGCUGCCGAGUUGAAUCUUACUCGUUAUAUAAGCGAGUGUGUAGCGGCACUGGCCGAUGCACCCCUCAAGCUCGCUGACCUAGCGGCUUCUGUCAAAGUAGCGUCAUUAUUACACCAGCGUUACGAGGAGUUUGCGCCAGGAAUGGUGCGAGCUCUUGUAAGCAGUUUUGAAGGAUCCUAUCUAUCUGAUGACAAGAACAAAAUGCUCAAGCGUCGAUUGAUACUCCGUCUAUUAUGUGAACUCUACCUGGCUGGUGUCUUUGACGACGUUCAAGUGAUUGCUCACAUGAUCCAGCGAGUAGCACGACGGGAGCAAAUAGGAGGGAAGAAAAACCGAGGCAACAUGUCGAUUUCAAGUCCAAGUGCAGCUUCUUCACAACAAUUAGAAGUUCCGCUUCUCGUGAGCUUUGCAAAGUCUGUAGGUGUGGAGUUUUUAGGAGUUCAACCAAAGAAAUUUAAGGAAUUAGAAAAGAAUCUGGCUGAAAAUGAAGAGUUUAAGCAGUGGAUCAAGACCCAGACGCAUGUGGUACCAGAGUCUGUGCAGAAAGAGUGUCUUAGCUGCUAUUUAGAAGCUUAUGAUAUGAUUUGCAAGUUUUAUCUAGCACAACACGCAACGUGGUUGAAAUUAGAAGCGAGAAAUGAAAAAGAAGAAGCAAAUCGAGGAGAAAUUUCAGAAGAACAUGUACAGGAGCUCAAAAAUGCCAAAGUUUUAUUUGAAAAACUUCAAACAAGUGUCAAUUCAUUGGCAGAUGCAUUAGAUCGACAAGUACCGCCUUUGCCGGUUGAGAAAAAAGAAGAUGGAUUGGGAAAUGGAGGUAUUCUCGUCUGGGAAGGAGGUGAAGGAGGCGGUAGAGAUUUGAGUCGAGAUAGCCCAUUUGAUGACGAGGCGACACGCUCGUUCUAUGAAGACUUUCCCGAUCUCUUGGAACUUGUUCCUGCGGUCGUGUUGGGUCUUACUGAAGUGGACGUGGCCGAGUUGAAGAAGAAGAAAGAAGCUUCUGCCAGUGCAGAAGAAGAGGCGGAGAACGAGAUUGAUGAACAUGAAGUGACUGCAGAGGAUGAUGGAAAGAAAGGAGAUGAAGGUACUUUAGAGGAGUUUGAUGCUGAUGUGGGCAAUGACUUGGUAUUUAAUGAUGCGGAUGAUGACACAAGUAAGUUAAACGAUGCGAUAGGAGAUCCAAGUGCAAUGUCAUCAAGUGGUGCUUCAACGAGUUAUCAUCAUCAAUUGGAUGCUUACUUUGCAUCGUUGGAAGAUUUGGUUAAUCGAGACCGUUGCGAUAAGGCCGCAGUUGAGUUUUGCUAUCGUAAUUCUAAGGCAACACGAGGUCGUCUCGUGAAAACGUUAUUUGCAGUACCACGGACGCACUUAGAGCUUCUGGCACACUAUGCACGUCUUGUGGCGACUUUGCAAAGUGUUCUGAAAGACGAUAUUGGUGGAGAGCUAGUCAACUUGCUUGUGAGCGAAUUUCAUGGAUUGGUCAAGCGACGUAAUCAAUUUCGUCUCGAGUCUAAGAUCAAAAACAUUCGCUUUCUCGCUGAGCUUGUAAAAUUUCGGAUCUGUCCACCAAAUACAGGCUUUAGAUGCUUGCAGAGAUGUUUUCAGGAUUUUCAAGGCCACAAUGUGCAUGUGGCCACGACAUUUCUUGAAAAUUGUGGUCGAUUUUUGUAUUGCUCAAAACACACACAUGCUCGAACGGUCAAGUGUUUAAAUGUCAUGAUGAAAUUAAAAGCAGUUAAGCAUUUAGAUCCGCAGCUAGAAACAUUGGUGGAAAAUGCUUAUUAUAUGUGCAAACCACCUGAACGAGUGGAGUGCAAAGUGAAGGAGUACGAUCCUAUGUAUCUGUAUCUUUUAAAGGUCUUGUAUCAGGAUCUGAAUAGCCUGAAUGUCAACAAGGUGGUUAAGACACUUCGCCGACUUCCAUGGCAAAAAAGUACAACCUGUGACAUGGUUUUAAAGGCUCUUUUAAAAGUGACAAAAGGGAAAGUCAUGCAGAUGAAGUGGAUCUGCGAAGUUGUGAAGGGACUGUCGCGCUAUCACGAUGAAGUUCUCGUCUUGCUGGUGGACGAUGUGCUAGAGUACAUUCGGUACGGACUUGAAAUGAAUGACUACCGCGACCAUCAACGUAGCCUUGGAUACGUGAAAUUGCUUGGAGAGAUUUAUAAUUGCGGGCUUGUGAACAUGAAUGUGGUGGUAGAAACGCUGUAUCUUUUGAUCAAUCAUUCGCAUGACUUGUUGACGCUACCACAGUAUAGCAGCGAUAAACUUUCAGCCGCUCAGUUGUUAGAGGUGAAGAAGCGAUUUUUGUUGGUUCCAGACUUGCGCUACGAUCCUCGUGUACCAAGUGCAGUGGACGGACCAAACGAAGUAUUUCGCAUAAGACUUGUCAGUGCGUUGAUUGAAACGUGUAAUGGAGGUGGAAUCGCACAUCUCACUGGAAUGAAUGGUGUUAAUGAUCGAGGCAUCUCGCGACCGCGUUUGGGGCGAUUUAUGGUUUUUUUUCAGCGAUACCUGUUUUCUAAAACAGACGUACCCUUAGAGACGGACUUUGUCGUGUUUGAUCUUUUUGAAAUGCUCGCAAACAGUAUGAAAGAUCACUUUCAGAAAUUUGAGACUUGGGAAGAAGUUGAUAAGGCUGUUCAACAGAUUUUACGUGGCGAUAUGGAAGAAGCCGAACGCCGGUUGCGGAAGAAGAACGCAGCGUUGGUGAUGGCUACGAAUGGUCUUGGAAGUGUCGCCGAGGAGCCAUCGUUGUCUCAACCGGGGGACGAAGAUGAUGAUUUUCUUGAAGAUGAAGAAGAAGAUACAGAUGAUGACGAAGAAUACGACGAAGAGCACGAUGAUGAUGAUCAUGUUGACGGGGAAGACGGCGAGGAAGAUGAGGAGGACGACGAGGAUGACGAAGAUGACGACGACGAUGAAGACGCCACUGAUGAAGAAGAACUCUUAAUCAUUCAUGACCGUAUUCAGAAAAGUGAAGACGAUGAAGAAUUUGAAAAAGCAUUCAAAUCAAUGAUGCAUGGAACAACCGAUACGCGCAAACCAUCUACACGGGUCAACGUAGACAAGAUGGCAAUUCCUACUGUUGUUAAGAGUUCGGUAGCUCCAACUUCCGGAUCUCGUGGUAUUAUCCCGCUUCAUUCAAGUGAUCCUCCUGAUGGCGUAGUCUUUCGUAUGCUGCGUCGUGGUAACAAAGGCAAAGUUGAGGCUCGUCAAUUGAUUGUACCGGAAGCAUCCUCGUUGGCUCAGCACAGUCAUCGUCAAGAAAAUGCUGGUAAGAAAGAGCAAUCGGAACUGAAGCGACUGGUGCUACAAAACAUGGAACGCGACGAAAUAAUGAAUGAUGGAGGCUCGUCGGAUGCCGGUUCUGCUUUCGGAUCGUCAUUAUCACGUGGUAAUGUGAAUCACACCACUCAAGCAGCAACCCAAUCAGUGAUUGACUCGCGCACAGGAUUUGGAGUGGGAAGCGAAUGGAACAACGCUGAAUUUGGACUUCGUCGUGGUAAAGGAUACCGUGGUACGAAAUAG